GUCGGCAGCACUUCGACACUACCAUGUGGAGAUGGAUUCUGAGGCAGCGGAGGCUGCUGCUGCUGCUGCAAGCUCCACUCUCCUCCUGGGGCUGCCGUUUCCUUGCCCUGCUCUGCUUGAUCAGCCUGGCUGAAACGCACCCCCAGGAGGGGUCUCUGACUCUCCAGGACUCCCGGCCGGGUCUCAGAAACUCUUCCAACUGCUCGUCUCUCUUUGGAUCGUCGUCGUUGUCUUCGUCGGUGUCUUCGUCUUCGUCGUCUUCUUCUUCCAGCCUGGAGCGGCACGCGCGUAGUUACAAGCACCUGGAGGGAGACGUCAGGUGGCGUCGUCUCUUCUCGGCCACGAAAUUCUUCCUUAAAAUCGAAAAGGGUGGCAAAGUCAGCGGCACUCGCAAGAAGAACUGCCCGUUCAGCAUUAUGGAAAUCACAUCGGUUGAAGUAGGAGUUGUGGCGCUAAAGGGCGUCCAUAGCGGAUAUUUCUUGGCAAUGAACAAGAAAGGAAAAGUCUAUAGCACGAAAGACUACAGCGACGACUGCAAGUUCAAAGAGCGAAUCGAGGAGAACGGCUACAACACGUACGCCGCGGUGAAGUGGAAGCGAAAUGGGAAGCAAAUGUUUGUGGCCCUGAACGGCAAAGGAUCGCCUCGGCGGGGACACAAAACGCGGCGGAAGCACCUCUCGGCGCACUUCCUGCCCAUCCUUGUGCCUUAGGGGGUGCCACCCCCCACCCCCCUUGCCCCCUUACCCCCCUAACAAUGGUACCCACCUGCCAAUCUCGAGCCCCCACUCCGAUCGCCCCCUCCCCCUCCCCCCCCCCCCUCCACGCCAGGCACACGUCCCCCAGAAAUGCUUUUCCGCAAAUAUUCUCCGAAGGCCUAAAAUGAAACUGGAAGCAUUGGUGGUGCGCACAUCAAAGUAAAAGCAACUGAACUGGAUGACCUCUGUAGGGAGGGACGGGGAAGAUUGCUGUUCACUUCCAAAAGCACAAAGGCAUUAACGUACGAGCGCUUGGAAGACUGCGGACAUAAAGUGUUAUGAAGACGAGUCUGAACGGCGCACGGACGCAACGUCAAUGAGCUGUUACGGGACACGUGUGUUGACUCUCCAUGGUGUGCAAAAGCUGAAAAGACUUUUUUUGACCUAUCAAAUAGGCGGCAAUACCAUUGUAGUGCUUCAAAUCAGCUGGCAGUGCAGUAUAGUGGUGAAAAGAUAGCUUAGUGAAAGAUGGAACUCACAAUGACAUAAACACUAAGCAGCACAAGAUAAAAUAGGGACCAGGUAACAUUGACAAAGGAUGUUGUAAACUUGUAAUGCUGGAAAUUUGUUAUUUUAUCAUACAUAAUUUACUUACCAAAAUGCACGUAACAUUUCAUGUUUAUCAAUAACUCAACUUUCAAAAUUAAUAAAAAAAAAUCCAAGUUUAAUUUUAUUAUAAAUUACCACAUGGUCAAAUGUUCUGAAGUUAUGUUAAAUUUAGAUGUGCCUUUUUAUUUAAGUUAAUCUUUUUUCUAUAUUAUGGAUGUUAUGUAUGAUGCAUCACUGUUAAAAAUCUGUACACUUUAAAAAAAAAUCAGAAAAGCUUUACACUUUUUACUGUCAUAGAUUUGACAAUCUAAUAAACGUUAAUGUUACGUAGAUGAAAUAUUGCUUACAUUGUUGUAUAUUAUUGUUAUUAUUAACUGCCAAGUAAAACAAAAAAGCACUGCCUAUCGCACAGUACGGUACAUUUAACUCCUUUUAAAUAUCCCACUUUUAACGUACAGUCGCGCAUUUUACAGUGAUGGUACUAAAUACAAUCCAUAUUAUUUAUCCAGUGUGGCUGUGUGUGUGGGCAUGUGCGGGCAUCUGUGUUGACUAACGUGAGUUUCUUAGCGCAAUUCUGCCAUAUAAACCGCUUCAAGGCUAGCUCGUCUUUCAGAAUUAAAACUAUUAAAUACAUAAUCCUUUCCACAUACCCUUUUUUUGCGGGGAAAACAAAAAAUGAAACGAUGACACAAUGAGAAGAAGUAUGGACGAGGAAUUGUGAUGUUAUAAGAGCCUCACCUGACAAACAACUUAACUAAAAACCACAAUGUGGGGG